GACCUGCAUAGAGUUAUACGUACACUUUUUCUCUUGUUUGUUGUGAUUUCUGAAGAUUUCUUAUCACUACCGAAAUGACAGCAAACUCAAAUGAAACAGAGCUUCAGGUGAAGGCCUUUGGAUGGGCAGCCAGGGAUUCCUCGGGUCUUCUUUCUCCUUUCAACUUUUCUAGGAGGCAUGAGAUCGUUGGUGUUGUGACUGAGGUGGGGGGCAAGGUGCAGAAAUUUCAGGUCGGCGACAAAGUGGGUGUGGGAUGUUUUGUCGAUUCAUGUCGCAAGUGCGAAAGCUGUGCCAGCCACUUAGAAAAUUACUGCCCUGAUGGCGUUGUAACAUACAAUGCUGCCGGCACCACCACACACGGUGGUUACUCAGACAUCAUGGUCGCCGACGAGCACUUUGUGCUCCGCUGGCCGGAAAAUUUGCCGAUGGAGGCGGCUCCUCUGCUGUGUGCCGGGAUCACAACGUAUAGCCCUUUGAGAUACUUCGGACUCGACAAGCCGGGAAUGCACAUCGGAGUGGUGGGGCUGGGUGGCCUUGGCCAUAUGGCUGUGAAGUUCGCUAAGGCUUUCGGAUGCAAAGUUACUGUGAUCAGCACCUCUGCUGGUAAAAAACAGGAAGCCAUUGAUCGUCUUCGCGCGGACUCAUUCUUGAUCAGCCGAAACCCAGACGAAAUGCAGGCGGCUGCAAACACAUUAGAUGGCAUUAUAGACACGGUUUCUGCAGUUCACCCUCUUGUGCCGCUACUCUCUUUAUUGAAAGGAGAUGGAAAGCUUGUCUUGGUUGGAGUUCCAGAAAAACCACUUGAAUUGCCUGCCCUUCCUUUGAUCGCACGUAGGAAACUUAUUGCGGGUAGCGCUGUUGGUGGAAUUAAAGAGACACAAGAAAUGCUAGAUUUUUCGGCCGAGAACAACAUAACACCGGAUGUAGAGGUUGUCCCCAUGGAUUAUGUAAACACUGCAAUGGAACGCCUCUCCAAUGCUCAAGUUAAAUAUAGAUUUGUACUAGACAUUGCUAAUAUUAGGGCUGGAAACAGGUCAUGCCAGGCCAGGCCUUUGCAACAUGUCAGGCCUAUUUUAGUAUGUUUAGGCCUAAGUUUGGCCUAUUACCUGUUAAAGGUCUACUUUUUGGCCCGAGUCUGGCCUGUUUAAAAGCUUAGCCUGAAGUCUGUAUUACUA